AUGAAGAGACCAGAUUCUGUUGUACUGUUUCUUAACAAUCCAGAAGAGCAACGACAGGGCGUCAACAAAGCAAAUGCUAAUGAGGAAGACGGUAAUGCUGAAUUUUCAGGGGAGUUGGACAUGAUUUCCACAGAAAAAAAGAGUGCAAUCAAUCAUUCCUCAAAGUCAAUCGUGAAUGAAUCCAAGUUAGAGGGUCGUCUACUCACACGAGAUGAUUUAAUAAACUUGGACAAAAAUGAACCUCAUUGGAAAUAUAUUCGAAUUGGAACGUUGAUUGCGUUUGCGACUGUAUUCUUUGGUCUUUUAGCAGCAUGUAUUGCAUACAUGAGUUUUGGACAGCAAUGUCCAUCUGUGCCCACAUUACCAUUCUGGAAAUCGUCAGUCGGUUACUGGUUAGAUGUAUUUGCGUUUAAAGAUUCGUCUGGCGAUUUAGUUGGUGACCUCAAAGGUCUCAUAUCUGAAGUUGACUAUAUUAAGAGUGUGAUCGGUGCUGGAUUUGUGAUUUUGGGUCCCAUUACAAAAGGCUUUUACACUAGUCCAUACAAUAUGCUAGGAUUGGUUGAAGAUUAUGAGCAAUUAGAUGAGGCUGUCGGCACAAUGGAGGAUUUUCGUGUACUUUUAAAAACAUUUCAUAAGAAGGGUGUGAAAGUUGUCGUGACAUUCAACUUCAAUGCAAUAUCCAUCAAUCAUAAGUGGAUGAAAGAAAAGAAAGUAAAACUACAGUCAUUCAAGGAUCCCUACAACAAUAAGAUAUCACGUUAUGGAAAAGCAAUCGAUGUAGAUAUCGAUGGCAAGAAAUACUAUUCCGUUUUCGGAUCACCGAAUGUUGAUCUAGAUUUGACUGAUCCUGGUACUCAGAGACAAAUUUUUAAUGUGAUCGACGUUUGGAUGAAAGAAGGAAUUGAUGGAAUUCUACUGGAUAAGGCCGCAUUUUUUGUUGAGGAAGAAGAAAAUGUGCAAAGAAAACUCAACUCCAAAUGGUCGGAAAAUUGUCCGAAUUCGCAGUUGUACAGAAAUGGAAGUGUAGCAUUUGUCAAAGCUGUUAAACAAGCAAUGAUCAAUUGGAUUAAGAAAAGUGGAAAAGAUAAGUUGUUGGCUGUAAAUUCAGGAGAUACAGGUUGUGGUGUGAAUACUAAUCCUGAUCCGAUGUUGAUGUUCAGAGAUGCGGCUGAUUUAAUAAUCAGUCGCGAAUUCGUGUUUCAACGGGGUGAAAGUGGACGCCAUAUGACAUUUGCAACGACGAACAUAGAAAAGUUUUCUUCAUAUUCAGACUCUGAUAAGGAGAAUCUAAUAUUGACGACAAGUACUUCGAAUACUCCAACAUAUUCAAAUAUUGUUGAACUUGCAUCAACAUUAUUACUGCCAGGUAUCUGAACAUUAUUAUGAUAUG